CACACCGGCCUUGUUCAUGGCAGUAUCAGUAGACAAACACUGAAUGAAACGAAACCAUACACGUGUUAUGUUCAUUCACGGAGAUAGGUAUAUUCAAUAAACAUGACCGCACAGCGACGAGGAGUCAGUAAAAACCCAGAAAGUAGCGCUAUUGAAAAGAAAAUUAAGAGUUUUUCAUUUUGUAGUGCAGUCUGGCGGUCAGAUGAACAGAUGAAAUGAGUGCACACCUGCCAGUCCGUCGCACCUGCGUGCUGUAUUCAUGUGGUGUGUGUUCAUUCAGGGGAAAUGCGCAGAGACAGGCCUCCUCUUGGAGAGGUAACGUGAUCACGCUGUUGCUGCUGACAGGAGCCACUGGGCUAGUGAGCUGGAUGUAUUUCACAUGGACUGAUGACUUGACACACACACUGGUUUCAAGAAGCGAAAUCCUCACUCAGCCUAGAGUGUUCACAGUCGAGUGCUCUGAAGACUACAAGAAGUACAAGUUCUUCCCAGGUUGCACCCCAACAAAAUGCGGCAGAGCCAUUUCAGACGGUGUUGUGGCUUUGGAGGAGGCGCAGAAGCUUAGAAGGUUAGCUGAGAGAGGUUUAUCUCUUGCUGGCUCAGAUGGUGGUGCCUCCAUCCUGGAUCUUCACUCUGGGGCAUUGUCGAUGGGGAAGCAGUUUGUGAAUAUCUAUAGAUAUUUUAAGAAUGAGAUAAGGGAUGUUUUUACGGAAGAAGAUUUUGAACUGUACAGUGAUGUCCGUAGUCGAAUUCAAAAGGCAAUAGCAGAGACAUUUGGUCUGGACUCCAAACAGAUGUACCUCACCAAACCCACCUUCUUCUCUCGCAUCAACGGCACCUCUGCCAAAACCACUCAUGAUGAGUACUGGCACCCACAUAUCGAUAAGGAGACUUAUGGAUCCUUUGAUUAUACGUCUUUGCUCUACUUGUCUGAUUAUGGGUUGGAGUUUGGUGGCGGGCGGUUCGUCUUCAUGGACUCCAGUAGCAACAGGACGGUGGAGCCACGUGCUGGUCGGGUGUCCUUCUUCUCAUCGGGUUCUGAGAACCUCCAUCAUGUGGAGAAGGUCACUUGGGGUACGCGAUAUGCCAUUACGGUGUCCUUCACAUGUGACCCCGAUUAUGCAAUUGAUAACCCCUCCCUGCCGUAGGAUCCACCCAGCUCAAAGGGACGGAUGAGGGACAGGAACCCUAGGGCGAACACACAGGAAUAUGCUGAAGCAAGUCAGGUUAAUGGCAUAAAAAACUCGUAUUGUGCCGUUAGAAAAAUAUUUAGGAUUUUCUGUGCUCAAAUGGGUUCGUCUCGUUUGUUUUUAAUUAAAUGGCGUUUUGUAUUUUCAGGAGAUUUACUUGAAUUGCCGUAAUUUUGAAAACGCGCAUCUCGACUUUUGUUCUGAAGGUGCUUCUUUACAAUUGAAUUCUCUCUUUCCUGGCUGUGCUUCACUCUUUAAAAUGUUUUAUAUUGUUAUAGUUAAAUCACUGUCUAGACAGGACACACAAAUGGGUUGAGAGAACAGGUGCAUGUAAUGAAAACAAGGAGCUGGAGGAUAUUUCUGUUUAUGUCGCCACCUGAAAACUGUUCUUUGUAGAAUUGCUUUCAAAAACUACUUAUGCUACUAAUGAAACAUCGAUGCAUCCGAUACCCAAAGAAUAUAUCAUUCCUUCAGCCAUGUAUUUCUACGUGUGUUAAAGAUAUCCUUUUGAUAUCUUUGAUAAAAGAGUGUUAUAAUAGUCAAAGACAGAAGAAAUGUUUACUUCCUAUGUCUUUUAUUCUAAGGUCUCUUUAACUGUCCAGUGCCAAGUAUGAACUGUUGUAUUGCAUGUGUGAUGAGCUUUUGGAAAAACAUUCCCUUCUUCGACGGUGUUGGUUUUAAUUACGCUGACAUUACUUGGUGAAAGUCAAGUUCAGCCAGUCACAACACGUUUGUUUUUAACACCUUGUUUUGAGAUGUAACAGCUAAUUGGCUUCUCUGUUUAUAGACCCAUGGCCAAAAACUGAGUGCUCUCUCUGUUGUGUGAGUUGAAGUGAGAUUCAAAGCAGAACUUUAUCACUUCUCUCAUGUAAAUCUUCUCAGUAGUUUGUUUUUACACCAGGCUACGAACCUUUCCAAACCUGUGCUGAAUUUUAAAAAACAACACAAGGGUAAACAUCCUAAAUCCGCUUAUACAUUUACAUUUUACAUGCUUGUUAUUCAAAUGCAUGCGUCAGCUUUAUUAUAAUAGGAAGCGAAGUAUGUUUGCUUUUUACUCAUAUAUGAUGAUUCAUGAAUUUUGGCUGAUGCCUAAUUUUCUGUCCCCGUUGCAUCACCGAUAGCUUAAUUGGAAAUCUCUCUUAGUCCGUAAUGUUCCUUUUUCCAGCUGCUAAUUCAUUCAUGCUUUAGCUGCUGCAAGGCUGAAUAUUAACCAGUGUGCGAAAAGUCACUUCAGGUUUCAGUAAAUCAAGUAGGUUUGCCAACAGCAAUCAUAGUUUUGUGUCUCAGGGUAGAUCUCCUUAGUGACUAGGCUGAAGCGUUGAUUUAUUGCCACUGCGUAUGAUACAUUGAAAUGCAAUCCAUCCACAUCCUGUAGAAUUGCUUAUUUAUCUGUGGUGAGCUGUGUUUGCUAGAGAUGGAGUUGGAAUGUGUUAUGUGCCAUGUGUUUUUUGUUUCUUUUUUUCACUCUGUUCAAAAUUAUGGGGUCAGUAUGACUUGUAUCGCUGAUGUUUUUUCAAAGUAAAUUGUUUAUACAAUGUAUUAUAUGAUGGCAAAGCUGAAUGUUGCAUCAGUUUCGAAAACGGUUGCACUGCUUAAUGCUUUUGUUGAAACCCGUAGUAUUUUUAUUUUUAUUAAAAAUGUUUUUUUUGUCAAGAUUCCUUGAAUAAGAAACUUAAAAAGAAUUCUGCAAUGUGAAAGUAUUAUUUCCUUUAAAAGAAAAUAUUACUGACUCCACAUUUCGGCUAGGUACUGUACAUUUACAUAAGAUUAGGCAUGUCUUACAGAAAGUGCCGGUUCGUGCAUUAGUCCUCUUUUAACUACGAUAUUCUAAUCCUUUUAAGAUCUUUCUUAAUCUCAUUAUAUUCUUACACAUGUUAUCUAGUCCAAAAGAUUACAAUUUGCCUGAUUAUUGGCACUGGCUUCGAUUUGCUUCAGCCCAAAAUGUAAAUGCGCAGCUUUUGGAAGAGAGGUUUAGCCAGUGGGUGUUGUGGUUUUGAAAAGCAGAUGUUGCUAAUUAAAUGAUACAACAAAACAAAUGAUGGACACAUUCAAGCUUGUAGUUCAACCACGAGCAAUUCGCAGGAAAUUCUGGAAUGAUGGCUACAGUAACACAAGCUUCCCUCUGGCGAUACCGGUUACACUUAAGUCAUGCAAUUUCCUAUGACUACUCACUUGCAGAGCCCAACAAUAACACGUAUAGCGAGGUUGUGAUUUAUUUAAUUUCUUGAAGAGACUGAUAAAUAAGAAAGAAAAUGUGUAACAUUUGACUGGCGCCUUCAAUCUGCGGUUGUGCAAUUUGUUAUUAAAAGGGCUUUGUUUAAUAUUUGUGCUUUCUGUACGGUGUCGAGUAAAGCGAUGCACUCUCUCUUGACACCGGACUCAAUUCUUCCGUUUUUUGAACUAAUAUUUCCAUGAUUAAAGAAUGUUUUGCCAGUGUGAGGCUUGGCAUAAGAGCUACUUAAGAAAUGCUGUAACUGCUCUGACCCUGGUCUGAGCGUCAGCGGGCCUCUCUUGAGUUUGAUGACUGCAUGAAAACGUCAGACCCCAGUUGUAUAGCUUCUGUUCUUUUGUCUCCAGAGAAAUGGAGACCGCAAGAAUCAAUUUUAUCCUUCCACAUCCUUGGUUCUGCAAGAGGUAGAUAGAGUGAGUGAAUGGGUUUUUUUUUCUUCUACUCUACACAAUUGAAGGACUGUCGAAUCUUUACUGACAUUGAAAACAAAAAUAAACACGCCAGGUGUUUGUUCUCUUAGGUUUCUAAAUGGAUUAUCUAAGCAACUGGCUUAUUGUAUAAUUCAUCUUGAUGUUACUGAUCUGCAAUGCCAUUAUGAAUUUCCUUUUUUAUGAGUAAAUAAUAAACAUGUCCACAGAC